UUCUUUGAACAAGCUUUCAACGUCUGCGCCAGUAUGUACACGAAAUUUCGAUGAAUUUCGGUUAUUAAAAUCCAAUAUUGUGUAAGCAUUGCAAGCACAGAUAGCUUGCUUUAAAACAAGAGUUAUUGCUGCAAUUUCGCUUUUAAAAACGUCGUAAAUACGAGAUACUUUAAAAUUGGAAAAUUUAUGCAGUGGCCGGUCGUUUGAAUUUGCGAAAAGAUGUCAGUUUUUGGUUUGGGUAUUACAUCAUGUCAUAGAAGAUUUCUUUCAUAUUACAUUGGAAUUGAAAAAGUUGGGAAGAUAUUCUCUGGUCAAAGUGCUCUGUGUUUAUCAACAAAAAAUGGCUGUGGUUCAAGUGGCUCAACAGGAAAAAUAAGAUGGUUUUGGAUGCCAACCGGUGUGGGAUUGGCGCUUUUAACAAUCAUUCAGUUUCGUCAUGUGCUUUUACGUGAAAAAAGAGUUUAUAGUCCCGUGGAAACGGAGUUAUGGAAUAAUAGUGGCUGGCAUUGGCAUGUUAACUUCAUUCGAUUUCUUCCCACUCGACUGCUGUCAAGGUUUUGGGGAGUUGUUCAUGACAUGGAGUUGCCAAAAUUUUUGAGACUACCCAUGAUUCAUUUGUGGAUCUGGAUUUUUGAUUGCCGGCUUGACGAGGCCGAGGAGCCAGAUCCAUCAAAGUAUCCAAAUCUUGGUGCAUUUUUCACAAGAAAACUAAAACAUGGUUGCAGAACUAUCGAUGAUAAGUGUGACUUGGUCAGUCCCGUGGAUGGCCAAGUCCUUCAUUUUGGACAAGUUUGCAAUGGUAAGCUGGAACAGGUGAAAGGUGUACCCUACACCAUUGAAAGUUUCUUUGGUUCCAGAUCAAUUCUCCCAUGCGAUGAAGAGCUUAACCAGAGGGAGAAGCUUCUCUACCAGUGUGUGUUUUACCUGGGGCCUGGUGACUACCAUCAUUUUCAUUCUCCUGCCGAAUGGCAGGUUCAGUCCCGGUUGCAUUUUCCUGGUAGUCUUGUCUCGGUAUCACCCAGAGCCUUGUGCAGGCAUCGUGAGGUAUUCUGUACCAACGAGAGAGUAUCACUCUUUGGUAGAUGGAAACAUGGUUUUAUUACAAUGACCGCUGUUGGUGCUUAUAAUGUGGGCUCAAUCAAUCUCCAUUUUGACCGCACACUGAUGACCAAUUGUAAGAAAAGAAAGAAUGGAAAUUUUCACGAGAAGAAGUUCAGUGGAAACACCAACCUGAAAAGAGGCGAUGAAGUUGGCUGGUUUGCUAUGGGCUCAGCCAUAGUAAUGAUAUUUGAAGCGCCAAGAGACUUUGAGUUUACUGUGAAACUAGGGCAAAAAAUUAAAAUGGGCCAGUCUCUUGGAAUGAACAAAACCUGUUGAUGUUCUCGUGGUUUGAUCGCGAAACCUACAUUAGUAAUUUCAUGUUAGUACACGUGGUCAAAGAUCGGACAUCUCCGGUUGAUUGCACAAUUAUGAUACACUUGAAAUUGCUGAGAUUUUAAUCUUUUACUGAAUAUACAAAACAAAACGCAAUACCAGAUUAUGUGUCUUCUAUAAUAACCCUAAUCCUCGAAUAUGAUAAUUGGACUUCCUUAUCAAUUUCUGUUCGUUAUGCUUUUGGUUGAGACUAACAGAAACCAAGGUUCAUGUAACAUUGAGCAGUUUUUGUAUCUACUUAACGCAAACAUUUGCAUUGUUUCGUUAUGUAUUUGCAUUUUCACUUUUCUUUAAUAUAUUUACAUUGUGUAAUGGAGUGAAUAAAUAGUUUAUUAUUAAAUGUAUUUAUAUUUA